AUGAUGGCCACGCCACUGUUAGGGCAAGCUGGAUCAAUAGCAGCGAGGCUUUCGUCGUUGUCGUCGGUGAGGCGGAAACGAACCAAUCACGCCGCGAUCUUAUCCUGGGGCGGGGCUUUGGUGGUCCCUGCUCGCUCUUACUUUUGGCCUUUUAAUGAAGAUUUUGUGCCUAGAGGAGCGACAACAAGUGGGUUUCAGUCGAGCGCCGUCCCGAACAUGCGGCGGCAGGUCCUGCAGGAGUACGCGCUAAGUCCUCUGUUUGGGGCACGUGUGCCGUGCUGUACGCUGGGAAGCAUGCGGUCUGCGAGGGAGAUGGUUGGCGUGAAGAAGGAGAUUGCCUUGCUCUUGUGUGAGCUUGCGCGACUGCGGGCGGGCGCCGUCAGUCUCGGCCCACUGGUGCAGACGACAGAAAUGAUGCUUUUUAAACCCGGCACCCCGUUGAGUCCCCGCUUGGGAGACGAUCGAAGCAGCGGCAUGCGCACUUACGCGCGGAAGCCCAUUGCGGCACGAACGUUAAUGGAUGUCUUCCUGCCGGAGGACAUUGCGCUGGACGAGGUGGUGGCCAUUGGACAUCUCAUACAAGAGAAACUGCUGCUGGCACGGCGUGACGAAAAACGGUGUUGA